AUGAAAUAUUCGUCUGUCUUUUUCGUUUGUUCGCUCCUUUACGGAGUAGCUUCAAGCAGUGAGCUUUCUUCAGACUGCAUCUCGACACAUCUGCUCCCUGUCAUCACCACCUCUGUUUCCGCGCCUAUUCUGACUGGCUUUGCGCCUGAAGCAACGCCUGCGUCUCCCGCUCCCGGUGCAAACAAUUCACCAGAGUCUGAGUCUGUUUCUGGUCUAGCCAAUCCCAGCAACGCCAGCCCUGCAUCGGUCAAGCCAAAUUCCCCCAGCGUCGGCGUUUUGUCUAUUCAAGGCUCCGGUUAUGUGAAGCCGACCGACGCUAUCGUCCCUACACCAUCCUCAACUUCUCAUCCCGAUUACGUAUCUGAGGCCCCCGGCAAGAUUGUUAGCAACAUUGGUAGAGCUAUGUGUCUGGCGGGCUCUAUUGCUUUGAUCGUUCAGUUGGCCGGUUUAGUCUGA